AUUUGAUGUAUUUACUUUUUUUUUAUUCUCCUCUCUUUUUUUUCAUCUUAACUGCAUCUUAUCCAUUCUUUCAACUCACAUCAACAAAACUUUGCACAAUGUCUCUGGCUCCAGUGCAGAUCUUCCAGGAUAACGCGACCGAGGAGCGCGCCGAGAAUGCUCGUUUGUCCUCUUUCAUCGGCGCCAUUGCUGUUGGUGAUUUGGUCAAGAGCACUCUUGGACCCAAAGGAAUGGACAAGAUUCUUCAAUCUGCUUCCACAGGAGAGGUCAUGGUGACGAACGAUGGCGCGACUAUUUUGAAAUCAAUCUCUCUCGAUAACGCUGCUGCUAAAGUGUUGGUCAAUAUUUCCAAAGUCCAGGAUGAUGAAGUAGGCGAUGGCACGACCUCUGUCUGUGUCCUUGCUGCAGAAUUACUUAGGGAGGCAGAGAAGCUGAUCAGCCAAAAGAUUCAUCCUCAGACCAUCAUCGAGGGAUUCCGUAUUGCGAGCGCAGCGGCCUACAAGGCUCUGGAAGAGUCUGCAGUAGAUCAUAGCAAGGACCCUGAGGUGUUCAGAAAGGAUCUGAUCAACAUUGCUAGGACUACAUUGAGUUCCAAGGUGCUCUCGCAGGAUAAGGAGUAUUUCUCUAAAUUGGCUGUGGAUGCGGUAUUGAGAUUGAAGGGCAGCACCAACCUUGAGAAUAUUCAGAUCAUCAAGAAGGUCGGAGGUCGUCUUGCAGAUUCUUAUUUGGAUGAAGGUUUCAUUCUUGACAAGAAGAUCGGUGUCAACCAGCCCAAGAGGAUUGAGAACGCUACCAUUAUGAUUGCAAACACCCCUAUGGACACAGAUAAAAUCAAGAUUUUUGGUGCUCGUAUCCGUGUAGAGGGUACUGGCAAGUUGGAAGAGUUGGAGCGUGCAGAGCGUGAAAAGAUGCGCGCCAAGGUCGACAAGAUCAAGGACCAUGGAAUUACCUGCUUCGUCAACAGACAGCUUAUCUAUAACUGGCCUGAGCAGUUGUUUGCCGAUGCUGGAAUCAUGUCGAUCGAGCACGCUGACUUUGAUGGAGUGGAACGUCUGGCUCUUGUAACUGGAGGAGAGAUCACCUCGACCUUUGACCAUCCUGAACUCGUUCGUCUUGGACACUGUGAUGUCAUUGAAGAGAUCAUUAUUGGAGAGGACAGAUUGAUCAAAUUCUCGGGUGUUGCUGCAGGUGAAGCUUGCACAGUUGUUCUUCGUGGCGCAACCCAUCAACUUCUGGAUGAGUCUGAGCGUUCGCUUCAUGAUGCUCUUAGUGUGUUGUCACAGACGACUCAGGAGCCCAGGACUGUUCUUGGAGGAGGAUGCUCUGAGGUUUUGAUGUCGAAGGCUGUGGAUGAGGUUGCAGCCAAGACGGCUGGUAAGCAGCAGGCGGCAAUUGAGGCCUUCUCACGUGCUCUUCGUCAGAUGCCUACUAUCUUGGCUGAUAACGGAGGAUAUGAUAGCGCAGAUUUGGUGGCCAAGUUGAGAGCUUCGCACUAUGAUGGUAACACUACCCACGGUCUCGAUAUGGAGCAUGGCACAAUCGGUGAUAUGCGUGAGUUGGGUAUCACAGAGUCGUUCAAGUUGAAGCGUCAGGUAUUAUUGUCGGCUUCUGAAGCUGCUGAGAUGAUCUUGAGAGUCGACAACAUUAUUCGCUGCGCACCAAGGCAAAGACAGGGAUAAAUGUGAGGAACUAAACGUAGGAAUUAAAAUAGGAUCGACUGAAUAAAUAAAACUACAGACAUUGAGCGUUACAG